AUGGGAAACGCCUUCUCCGGCCCCGACGCCUUCAAAUUCCUCGGCUUCACCAAAGAAGCCACCGCCGUCCUCCAAGCCAACCCCUCCUACCUCCUCAUCCUAGGCGCCGUCCUCUUCGGCUGCAAAGCCAUCAUCGGCAUUGCGUAUUACAUCCACUAUGUGACCAACAAGCCGUAUUACAAACCGAAGCCGAAGAAGGAAGAUAAGAAGAAGGUUGCUGCGAAGUAG